GCGACGUAAACAGGAAGUCGUUUGCUUCCGAGGAUCGCUGUGCAAGAUGCUGAAUGACAGUGAAUUCGCAACGCUGAGAAAAAGAUUCCAAAAAAAUGCCGAGUUACUCAUGCAGACGGGAGCUUCGUCGCCCGACGAAGACAAGAAAUAUUCAGAAGAAAAAGAUGUCCGACCUGUCCCUCCAAUCAACAAGCACUCCGUCUUCUGGGUUGUGGCAGCCAUAGGCGUCACCUAUUAUGCGGAUUUCUUUCACAACAUCAUUGCCAAUGAUGACAUCAAGAGUUGGUGGUUUAACGUGGGCCUGCUGCUCCUUGCCAUUAGCCUGUGCCUGGCCAUGUUCUGUAUUGGGUAUUUGGAGUGGUUCCGAGGAAUCGUGCACUAUGACCAAGAGUACCCUGCAAUCCCUCCCAUCACCACUGCUGCAUUUAUUGCCGCGUCGUGCAGCUUUAACAUUGCGCUAUGGCCAGUCUGGUCCUUCUUCACUCCGCUCAUCCUCCUCACGCAGUUCAUGGGUGUGGUCAUGCUGAUUUCUAUGCUUGGAUGAACAUGUCAAUUCUCUCAGAAAUUAAGUCCUCUCACGUUGCUUCUUCAUCCACCUCAGCUCCAUGGAUUAACUCCCAACUUUCCCAAAUGCAAAUAUACUUAGAGUCUUAUAACCUUGAGGAAACUUUUGCGUUUCCGUAAAUCACGUGAACUGAUUGAAGAACUUCAAGACUGUUGUUUCAUUUGGGCUGCACAUCUUAACUCUUGCUUAGUUAACUGUCAUCACAUUAAAGCAGUUUUGUGAAAAGCAUGAUUGCGUUAUUUCUGAGGCAACUAUGGAUCAAUCACCUGAGAUAUUUAUAUUAUUUUUGUUCCCUCACAUGAGCUCCGUGCUUGAUAUUAUUACUGUGCUUACGUUCCUUGACGUUGUUUGUUUUGUUCUCACAUGAAUAUUUGCUGCAGUCAAUUUGUAUUCAGGACCUGUUGGCUUAAGUCAAUUCCAUUUCUCAUUGACUGGCGGAGGAGCGCCAGUGCAAUUAUUGAAGGACUUUAUUACCUUUGCUUAGUGUGAUAACAUCAGUCACCAUAUUUUCCAGGGGUGGAAUAUCAAUUCACCUCUCCUUUUUACCCAUUUGUGUUUGUUUUGUACUCUAAAUCCCAGGAACACAUGUAUCCAAACACCAGACAGCUGUUUCUAAAAAAAUGAAUGUUAAUAUUGCUGA